AUGGACACCUUACUCACCGCUGAGAUCGUGGCCAACUCUCCACGAUUCCGCCGUAAGUCGUCAAUCUUUGUCGAUGCAAUUCAUGACUUGCCGGAAAAAGCCGAUUUGGCUCCAGCCCAGCUGUACAGCACCGAAUCUGGUCGGCUUUUCCAUUCGGGCCGCAUUGUGAUCAUCACCGUCGGCUUGCCUGCCAGAGGCAAAACACAUAUCUCAGUAGCUUUGGCACGAUACCUGCGAUGGCUCGGUGUCAAAACCAGAAUCUUCCAUCUGGGCGACUAUCGUCGUGCCACAAUCCCAUUUGGCGAGGAUAUGCCAGAUGAUUAUUUCUAUGUCAAUGCGACUGCCAAGUCCGUUCUGUUACGCCAAAAGAUUGUGAGAAAGUGCCGAGAAGACAUCUAUCACUUUUUGAACCAUGAAAAUGGUCAAAUAGCGAUAUAUGAUGCCGUCAACCCGCUAGCCUCAGGACGGCGCUCCCUCGCUAAGGAGUUUGCAAAGCAUGAUAUUGAGACCCUGUUCAUUGAGUCUUGGUGUGACGAUGAACACAUCAUUGAAGAGAAUGUUCGUAGAGUCAAGAUAUCCUCCCCUGAUUACGUCUCAUGGAAAUCAGAAGAUGCCGUGAAGCAUUACUUGAACCGUAUCUCCUCUCGCAUCCCCCAAUUCCAGACCAUGGAGGAGAAGGACCUGAACUACAUCAAGAUGAUCAAUGCCGGCGAGAGACUGAUUGUCAACAAUCGAAGCUUUGGCUACCUUUCUAACCGUAUAGUUUUCUAUCUUCUGAAUCUCCACAUCAAAUCGAGACGCACGUACUUUGCCCGGGCUGGCGUUUCGCUAGAUGCAGAUUCAUACAAAGCCGAUGCUUCGUUGUCAGAACAGGGAGAAGACUACGCCAAGAAAAUGACCGCACGUCUACUAGCUCACCGAGAAGAAGAAAAGCAAGCAAUGAUUGAGCGAGGAGAGACUGGCUAUGAGUCGAGGCCUUUGAAGGUCUGGACUUCCACACGGCGCAGGACAGUGGAAACCGCGAAAUACCUCCAUGAAAACGGAUAUAAAAUCCGCCAGAGGUCUCAAUUGAGCCAACUGAACCCUGGUGUCUGUGAGAAGAUGUCUGAGAAUCACAUCCGAGCAGAGUUUGGGGACGAGUCAUACCAUGACUUGGCUGUUCGCCUCGAGCCAAUUAUCCUUGAAUUGGAGAGGGAGCAAACUGACCUCCUCAUCAUUGCACACGAAAGUGUUUUAAGGGUUUUGUAUGGCUAUCUCAUGGCCUGCAAUGCCGCAGACAUUCCGUUCCUUGAGUUCCCUCGCGAUGAAAUCAUUGAGAUCGUCCCCGAGAGCUAUCAGAACGAGGCACAGCGGAUCCAUAUACCCGAUCUUCCCGCAGAGAUUAUCCCGGACUCUCCAGAGGACUUGAAGAUCCCAGUGCCCCCAAGUGGAGUGGUAUCACCGACGCAAGGGCUUGGUACUCCAGAAGGUCAAGCAACCCCACAUAGUGGUCAUCGAACACCCAGUGGAAUCCGAACACCGCGUGAGCGCGAACGGAUCUCACAACAGCAUGUUGAAGAUGUGGUCUAG